AUGUCAAUCUAUUUAGGUACAUCUGGCUGUGGAAAAUCAACAACUAUUCAAUUAAUCGAACGUUUUUAUGAUGUAAAUAUGGGUCGUCUCUUGGUUGAUUCAAGAGAUAUUCGAAGUCUUAAUCUUCAAUGGUAUCGAUCACAAAUUGGUAUUGUUUCUCAAGAACCAGUUCUCUUCAAUAUGUCAAUUCGGGAGAAUAUUGCAUAUGGUGAUAAUAGUCGAAAAGAUAUUCCAUUAGAUGAAAUCAUUCAAGCAGCAAAAAAUGCAAAUAUUCAUGAUUUCAUUCAAUUUCUUCAAGAUGGAUAUGAAACAAAUUGUGGUGCAAAAGGAACUCAAUUAUCAGGUGGACAAAAACAAAGAAUUGCAAUUGCUCGAGCAUUACUUCGAAAUCCAAAGAUUUUAUUAUUUGAUGAAGCCACAAGUGCAUUAGAUAGUGAAAAUGAAAAGAUAGUUCAAGCUGCAUUAGAUCGUGCUCAACAAAAUCGAACAUCAAUAACAAUUGCACAUCGUUUAUCAACAAUUCAGAAUGCAGAUAUGAUUUUUGUUCUUCAUAAUGGUGCAAUUGUAGAAAGUGGAAAUCAUGAAGAAUUACUUGCUCUUGGUGGUCGAUAUUAUCGAUUAGCAACAAAAAAAAACUAA